AUGAGUCACUCCAUAAACACGCGAAAAUUUGUUCGUAUCGUUCGAGAUGGCUUGAUUCAAACUUUAAAUGAAAUCUCUGAUGGCGAGCUGCCACAAAUACUGGUCUUAGAGGCCCCUUUGGUGUCAUUUGUGAACAAGCUUUGUACUUACAGUACGCUUAGAGAAUCUACAGCAGUUGCUAAAAUAGUGACUGCGGAUAAGAACUGCUAUCAGGUUUUGGACUCACUAAUGAAAGAGACACAGUAUCAAAUGAUUUUUGUGGUUGAUGCUCGAUCGGACCUACGAGUACCUACUGAAUUUGGCAAGAUUAUACAGGCCUGGCAGUCAAAUGCACCACAUGUUGCAUAUGUGACGUGGCGAACAAAUCCAUCAAAUAUUCCUAGCAAGCUGCCGCAUUUCCUGAGAUCCCAACUGGCACAAAAUGUACGCCUUCAUCCGUGGUUCGUAUUACCCAUCCAUGAGCUGGACGAUAAUCUGCUGAAUACGAAGGUCCUGUACAAUAGUGAGGGCGAGAACUUGUACUUGCCCCUCUCAGAGUCGAUGCAAAAAGCGUCACGAAGCAUCCUGAUCCAGAAUUUAUCGAGCGCCGUUCAAGCAGUCCUUAAAGAGUCGGGCCUCUCCAUCACACAUACGGCAUCAUUGGGGCCAAACGCCCAUAAGUUAGUGGACCACAUUCGUCGUGAAAUUGACAACCGUAAAACUGAAGAUGAUUUGUUUGUGGAUGAUACGCUUUAUGGAAACCGCCAUUCAGGGUUGCAGUGCAAUCUCAUCGCUCUGGAAAGAGAUAUAGACCCAUUGACACCUCUUUGCUCCCAAUUGACUUAUGCUGGGAUUUUGGAUGACCUUUACGAGAUGAAAGAUAAAAAUUUGAUACACGAACCACCUUUGACAGACGUUGAAAUAAUCACUCUUGAUAACGACAAAGAUGAAGUUUGGAACGAGCUUAAAUUCAAGAACUUCGGUGCUUUGGGACCACGACUCAACGAAUUGGCCCGUGAGUUACAAGCGGGCUACGACGCUCGCCAUCAAGCUGAAAGCGUGAGUGAAAUUAAGCAAUUUGUAGACAAUUUGGGUGGUUUGCAAGAGCGUCAAAAGCUUUUAAAACUUCAUACUGGGUUGUCCUCCACGGUACUAAAGGAGGUGGCGAAUAAAGAUGAAGGCGAUGACGAAUCACUCUUCAAUCGCGUGUUGGAGAUCGAGCAGGAUUCGAUUGCUGGAAACCUUGGACAACGGUCAAAUUGCGAGAAAAUCCUAGAACUCUUAUAUGAAGGUGUGUUAUCCUAUUCUGGAGCGCUCAGAUUAUGCUGCAUUUUUUCUUUGACUCGAAACGGAAUCCGAGAUCGCGAGUAUAAUCUGUUGCGUACUGAAAUCGUUGAUAGAUGGGGGGUGGAUGCCAUGUUCGCUUUGCAAAGACUGGCUAGAGCAGGGUGGUUUUUAAGUAAAUCCCUUUUUGCCAAGUAUUCGCCCUGGACGGAUUUUGAUACCUUUGCUGCAUAUUUGGAAUUGAUACCACAAUCUGACAGGGACGGCGACCCUGGAGAACCUACGGACAGCUCCUUUGCGUACUGUGGGACUGUCCCCAUAAUGACCCGAGCAAUUCAGCUUCUGUUUGACCGUUCCAUUGUGAGCAAGACAUUUUCGGCACAACAGCCCUUCAUAAUAUCGCGCACACCGUCUUGGCGUGGGAUAGAAGACCUUUUCACACAACACUACGGGUCCGGGGUUUUACGGGAACAAGUGUGCGAUGAGUCUACUUCCGCACGAACCAGAGUGAUAGGCAAACCUGCGAAAAACAGUCCAGAUCCGGUGUUGGUGGUGAUGCUUGGAGGCGUCACGAUCGGUGAGAUGGCGACACUGCAGUUUUUGGCGGGUCAGCUGCGGAAAAAGGGUGUGAACAAGAGAUUCAUCGUUGUGACCGACGGGAUUGUUGGCGCCGCUCAUUUGGCGAAUGCUUUACCAGGCAAUACGGAGUGA